UUAAGCCAACGGCGCUCUCACACUCACAUCAUCGUCUACAGAAUCAAGACUCUGAGAUACUCUUUCAACGAUGUGGGACGAGUAUUGCUAUCAAGGUAAGCCUCUGCUGACCCCUGCAUCCACCUCUAAGCUUUGUCUGUCCAUUUCUCAUGUCAUUACCAAUUGGCUCAAAUCUUUCCCUGAAGAAAUCAUACCCAACAUCCUUAUCAGACUCCCCAUUAAAUCCAUCAUCAAAUUCACCUCUGUCUCUAGGUCUUGGAACUCCACCAUCAAACACCCAUCCUUCAUCCGCACCCACCUCAAUUACAAGCUCAGUUCCAAUGACCAAAACUCCACCCAACUCCUUCUCCUCCACACUGUUCACAGUGAAGACACCUCCAGCCCUUUUGGGAGGUUUCACUUUUCAGGGUUUAAACAAGACCCUUACUCUCUGCAUUAUGACAACAAUGGUGUCACCGAGUGUUGUAAAGUUGAAUUCCCAGUUGCUCUUAAGGAAGAAUUAAUCAACCCCUGUUUUCGUGUUGUGGGUACUUGUAAUGGGCUGGUUUUACUUGCUGAUGAUCACGGGCGUUAUGGCUACACCUUUGUUCUAUGGAACCCUUGUGUCAGAAAGUAUGUGACCCUUCCCAAGCCUAGUGUUAGGUUUUCGACACACGGUGGGUAUGAUGCCUCACUUGGACUUGGUUAUGAUGAUGUUGGGAAUGAUUAUAAGGUUGUGAGAUUGACAUCUCUGUUGGAUUACCCUGGUGAAAGCCCGAUGACUUUAGCUCAGGUGUAUUCCCUGGCCAAUCGUUCUUGGGGCAUGCUUCGUGUUCUUCCUCCCUGCCUAGUGCCUUGCUCUUGGGUCCAGGCUUGUGUUGGAGGGGCGCUGCAUUGGCUUGCUCUUCGUUGGUUGGAUGAUGAUCAUUUUAACUAUUUUGUUGUGGCAUUUGAUGUGGGAAGUGAGUCUUAUAGGGAGAUAAUGCUGCCCAAGAGCUUCAGGACAGAGAAGACAUUGGAGCUGAGGCUGUGUGCUUCGGGUGAUAGGAAGUCCAUUGCUUUGUUUGUGAGGUCGAAGAGUGAGUUUGACGGUUUUCUUGAUAUAUGGGUUAUGAAGGAGUAUUGCAUUGAGAAGUCGUGGACCAAACUGAUGAUUCUUACCCCACAAGGUCCGAAAAGAAGUUUGCCGGAGGCAUUAUGUUUUAGGAGGAUAGGUGAGGUGGUUUUGGUGCUUGAAGAUAGCCGUGAGCUGGUAUCACUUGACAUUGGUAGCAAGCUGUUUAAAAAUCUUGGGAUUUCUGGAGGGCAGGUUUGUUCUGUGGACUUCUAUGAAGAGAGCCUUGUCUUGCUUGAGAGGAAAGAUGCGGUUUCUUACUGAGGGGGAAAGAAUAGGUGGGACAUGUCAGCUAAUGAGUUUCAAUCUGUAUAUUGUCUCUAAAAUGCGACAAAAACUGCAAAGAUGGAGUGCUGCAUGGAUGCUUUCUAUCUAACAUCAGAAUCUACGAACGUAUUUACUCUCUUAGUGUCUUUCUAAUAUCAGUUGCGCAGUUUAUGCUAAUGGAAUUACAUAUUCGCUUGUAAUGUGAAUUUCUAUCCUGGAUUUAUGGUGAGUGUUAAAUAUAUCGUUGUUAUAUUGCUAUUUGU